CCUAGCAAACGGGCAGAGCACACGCGGGCUAAAGUGGUCCCCCUCGUCUGUUAUGCCGCAGGAGACGAGUGGCGGCGAGCCGUACACAACUUGCUGGCGGUCGGCUGGCUGCUUGUACGCCCUCACAGACUCCAGUGUUUCGGCAGCACCUGUGACGCACAGUAGUACCAAUGACCUCCCGACUGUGACGAAGUGACUUCAGUGUACGCGCUAGUGGGUACAUUGACAAGUGUCUCGUGAGACAUCAAGUGUACCUCGGACUCUUUACAUCUGCUGUCUGGAAGCCGUUGCUACUGAAGUCCGUGGUCCUCUGUUGUGAAGCUUUGGCUCUCGUCAGCCAUGUGGUGGUCUGUCAGUUUGUGGUUUACCCUCUCGAUAUCGACCGUCGCCAUUGCUCUCCUGUACGCGUACCUCUCGUCGGUAAAAAACCACUGGAAGAGACUCGGCGUGCCGUACGUCAGAGGAGAGCUGUUAUUCGGCAACGUCCGCCGCAUGCUCUUCGCCCAAGAGGCGAUGCCCGCCUUUUUCCACAGGAUUUACCAACAGCUCGGCGACGUGCCCUACGGAGGAUUCCACAUGAUGCUCACGCCGUGUCUCAUGAUGAAGGACGUGAGACUUAUCAAUAGAAUCCUGGUGGCUGACUUCGCCCAUUUCAGCAACAGGUUCAGUCCUGAGAGCGUGGAGGUGGACCCGCUGGGACAACACCUGUUCGGCAUGGGCGGCGCCCUCUGGAGGGAGAUGCGGCCCCGGAUGUCGGCUGCCUUCUCCGUCACCUCCUGCCGGCGCGACUUCUUCCUGGUGCGGCUCUGCUGCGACCGCCUCCAGCUCUUCGUGCAGGAGGCCCUGCAGAGCCGCACCAGCCGCGACUUCGACCUCAAGGACCUGCUCGCGUCCUUCACCACCGACGUCAUCGGCAUGAGCGCCUUCGGCAUCGAGUGCGGAGCUAUCGACGACCCUCACUCGCAGUUCCGGCGUAUCAGUGGUAUGAUUCUUCCGCAUUCGAAGAAAGAGAUUAUCGGCGCGAUGCUGGCCUUUAUGCUUCCAAGACUCGGGGCUGUACUGAGAGUGAAAUACUUCAGUUCCACGGUGGCGGAGUUCUUCGAUCGUAUAGUCCUGGAAACGAUGGAUUACAGAAAGAAGAACAACAUUCGUCGGGAGGAUCUGGUACAUUUUAUGAUGGAACUGAAAGAUCAAGGUUUCACGUCUGAGGAAAGCUGCGAAAAAAUAGAGGUGACUGACAACUUGGUGGUGGCGCAGUUGCUGUUGGCGUUCACUCUUGGAUUCGAGAUGACGUCGUCGGCUAUGAGUUUCUGUCUACACGAGCUGUCCGUCAACCCCGUGCUGCAGACACGCGCCCACAAGGAAGUGGACGCAGUUCUCUGCCGCCAUGGGGGUGAGAUCACCUACGACGCCAUCCAGGAGAUGACCUACAUGGACCUGCUAGUGGCAGAGACGCUGCGGCUCUACCCGCUGCAGUCAUACCUGAUCCGGCAGUGCACGCAGACGUACCGGGUACCGGACAGUGGGCUGGUGGUGCAGCCGGGCACCAUGGUGUAUGUGCCGGUGCUGUCGCUGCACAGGGACCCCCACCACUACCCAGACCCACUGCGCUUCGACCCGCAGCGCUUCGCCGACAACCAAGGCGGUGCCACUGGCGCCCCUUACUGGCCGUUUGGCGAUGGUCCCAGGGCCUGUCUGGGACAGAAAUACGCACAGGUGGUGGUAAAGGCGGGCCUCGCGACGCUGCUUUCGCGCUUCGAGUUCCGGCCGUGCCCGCGUUCCUCCGGCAGGCCGGCAGAGUACGAGCCGCACAGGAUUCUGGCCUCCCCGGCUGGUGGGCUAUGGGUCCGCAUCAUCCCCAGGCCGUGGCUGCCAAUGCACUGAGGGCGGCCUGCGUUCCACACCUGCGGGCGGUGCUCCUGGCCAGCUCGUGGUCGUGCCCGUGAAUCCAUUGGAGCACGGAACACUUCGAGACUCACAGGUGGUCUGUGGAUCAGUCUCAUGUCCAUUUCGUUGGUGUUUCUACGGUAAAGACAGGCCACACUCCGUAUCAAUGUCGGCAUACUUAGAGUUCCAGUGAUGUACGAAAUUUUGUGGAAGGCCAAUGGAAUUAGAGCCCGCCAG